GCCGAACGUCAGUUUGUUCACAGAUUUGAUGGCUUCCGGACUCUGAUGCCGACCCACCAACGCUGUUACACCAUUAUUUUUCAUUCGAAACAUAUCCACCAGCGACAUAUCGUUAUUAAACUGGCUGACUGGACAUUUAAUUCUCCGUGAGAAUCGAUCGUACACGCGAACAACAGAUGCAAGUGACAAUGGGGUUGAUUACAGUGCUGUUAUUACACUCGUGUGGAUUUAUUAUGAUGAUUGUUAGUGCCCAGCGGUUCGCUGACUAUCCCAUGCCACCACAGACCACAGUAAUCAGCCGAGUGGCGUACAGGGAUCGCCGGAAUAAAGCUGAGCCGACGUGCGAGGAGUUGAGGGCCAUGUGGAGAUACAGUAAAAGACAGAGCAGGGCUGCCGAGUCCACCAAUGAUUUGCCCAUGUAUCGUGAUCCAUUUUCUUAUAAUAUUUGGGAGACUUAUCCCAUCAGGUCGCAGUCGUCGUAUGGGUACAGAGAUACCGAGGAGCAGGCACGCAACAGAGGCGGUGGCCGUGCUCCAGUUUACGGUAAAAUGGUCCACAAAGCUCCGGCCGAAGGUAGACUACGUAAUGGAAUGCCAAAUCGUAUGAAAGCAUUCGAGGAAGUUGCACGUAUGUAUGGAACUGUUAAUCGCCAACCACCGGAUCAACGGAGACGUCAAUACAGUUUUCGCGUUGGCGGUGGUGCGUCAAUAUCACACGUACCCCAGGCGGGAAGUUUUCAGCAUUUAAAGGAACUUAUUCGUACUGAACGUGCACGUGAAUUACAAGACCAAAGAAUCGCGGAGGAGAUAGCGGCGAGAUCAGCGGCCCUCGGCGAACUGAAUAAAAACGACAGACGCAGCAGUGAGCCAGAGUCCCGUAGGCACUACCCGAAUUCAGUACAAUCAUAUCAAGAACCAAAGAACGUCAAUUACAAUUUUCCGGUUGGCCAAUACGUGUCGAGUUUAACGAGUUUAAACGACGGAUUAUUGAGGAGUGACGACUACGAGAGAGACUCGAUGAUUCGUCAAUAAUCAAGUGGCAGUAAUUUCGAGAGAAGUAACGUGAACUGCCCCCUGUUUAAAUGGUAACUACAAUUCUACAACGGCGAUCUAACGAUUCUUUACGAGAAGAGAUCAGGUAUUUUUCCCCCUCUUUAAUCGUUCAUCUGUUACUCGAGAUGUUGAAUUUCGAGGUGGAAAUUGGGAUAUCAUUGUUCGAGGAAUGUUUGCGGAUAUGGGAUUAGGAGUUACUGACAUAUCCGAGGUUUAUGCGUGAAUUAGUGAAAUGAGGAGAUUAAUCGUCCCUUUCCAUUAAUUGGUAAUGACCAAUUGAUGGAGAGGCGAAAUCAAAAUUGCGGGUAAAGUGAUGAAUGGACUCUAAUUUUAUAGAUUCUUCCCUGAAAAUUCAUGAAAUUCCUAGGUGCGGGGGGAAACGUUGGGAAACUUUUCUUCCUCGAAGAUUUAGUCAAUCCUAGUGGUGAGAUGAAGAGACGAACAAAAAUUGAUGAUGUUCGUUUUGGAAAUGUUUUUUAGGGGAAAGGAACCAGGGCAAAAUUUCCAGAAAAUUUU